GUCUCUAUAUAAGGACCACCGCUUCUCUAUUCUGUGUAUGACGAGCCAUCAGCGGUCAAGCAUCAUGAAACUCCAGGUUCUACUUCUGGUCGUCUUGAUCAUCCCUGCUGCUGUGUCCUAUGACAUUGAUGAUGUCGACAUUGACGAUGACUCAGAAGAGCCCAACGUGAGAGACAAACGCUUCAUCUGGAAAUUCGUCGCAAACUGCCCUCAACAAACUGACUUCUCACAGCCAUUCAUGUUGUCCAGCAACGCCACUGGAUACCCUGCGGAAGCUAUCAACAACGAAACCAAAACUGCGAACCUAACUGGAUGCCUGAAUUUAUUCAACACGUCAUCAACUGACCCUAAAAUUCCAGAGGAUCCUAUGCUGGUCAACGUGACCAAGGAUCUAUGUCCAGCAGACAUGAUGGUGUUACGAAACUACAGAGGAGAUGCCAAUGACACGUGCUGGGUGAUCCUUGGCAUUCAACCCACCAUCCACUUUGCUGUCUGCAGGACCACCAAUUGCCUAACCUUUAGAAGUCGAUCAUGGCUGUCCAACCGAUGUCUCCGAGUGUUCAAGUCCGUCCCCGUCGUGGCGUUCUGUGGUGACCGGCCAGAUGGUCAGCGAAUUGUGAUGGAUCGUGUCAUUGUCCCGACAUCUUGCACUUGCGUUGGUGUCAAAUGCAGACGAGUCCGUUUCUGGUAGCUGCCUGCAUGCUGAAUGACGAAAAAGGGGAGAGGCACGACUUUAAAACCAAUAUUUCUCUGUACUUAUGUAACUGAUGUGAAUUAGGUCGUGGUGCAAGUGUUCCUGUUCAUCUAUAUUAGUGUCCAUUUAAAACUUCAUUCAAACCUGGCGCAUAUCCCCUGUACAGAAAAUUAACCCUUUCGUUAAAAUCCGAGAGUUUUGACAAACCAAAAUUAUUUUUAAACCAAAACGUAAUCAAUGCAUGGAACACUUACGUCUAAAGCUACCUGCUGGUGACACAGUAAAGUUGGGUUUCGUGACGGGAGGAAUAUCGCCAAGGGUUAGGUUCCUACCUUGGUUUUACGCGUAUUUACUUAGGUGUCCUUCCUCUCAAAUUGUCCAUGCAAGGUGAUAUUUAAGCGACUUGCGAUGCUUAAUAAAGACACGUCCGCAUGAAA